AUGACACUUUACGAAGGAGACUAUUCGAAAGGUCGCUCUUACCAAGUUUCAUAUUUCUCUACUAGUUCUCCGACGUUAUCUUCCACGACCAGAGAUUCGAGCUCUCAGACUUGUAACACUUCCAGUGAUAACAAAUUUAAGCACGCACAACAAGGACACGCCACUAGCCCGUCAGGUCCGGGUGGUGUCGAGCAUUGUCACAGUGACAGCGCUCCCUUUGCACUACAGCCUCCCAAAGAAGUAGCUCGAGCUCAAACAACACAAUCUGGUGUUGUGCCUAUUGUGAAUCAACCUACGGUGGAUUCCAAAGUGACUCAUUGUCAGCACCCAACAUGGGUAGCUAUUGCAAACAAAGCGGCAGCAUUUUUUGCAUCCAAUACCCAGGGCCUUGGUCCAGGUGAAAUCGUGACAGGAAAGGAGAUUGUUUUCAAGGGUAUCGAAUAUUCGGAGCUCCACCAUAUCUUGGAAAAGCUGGGGAGAAAGGACACGCUCCCAAUCAGGUACUAUUGGGACGGUGUCUCGAAGAUCUUGAUUAUGUUCGGUCCACCCUCGCCUAUACAUGAGGCACCCACCAAACAUUUACGCAAUUGUUUUCUGAAGGCCAUGGGGGUGCAGGACGCAAGUGCGGGAACGGAUAACAUAUCCAACCCGAUGUCCGUGUGGGAUGUAAGCACGGCUGAAAGCUUCAAGAUAAGCAAUGAGACUGGUGACAACAAGCCAAAGGGCGAAUACGUACCGGAUAUCGGUAUCGAACACCCUCAGAUUGGCCUUAUAUUUCCUCUAGAGACGUGCUUUACCCAGACCUUAAAUAGCGCUCGAGCCCGUAUUGCAAAUUAUAUGUUAAUUCCAUCCGUUGUAGGAGCGAUGAUCAUAGACAUCAAAGAACACGGAUACACCGCACCCACAUCCAAUCAUGCCAUUACUCGAGCUUUUUCACUUCCCUCGCGCGAACAAUGGUUCACCACCUAUAUGAACCACAGUUGUUCUGAUCCACUGGUUGGGUACAACUACAAGUGGGCCGGUCACUUCACGUGCAAUAUUGAAGUCUACGUUAAAGAUCGGGAAAUGACGGCAGGUCAACUGUUACCACAGGAGGGAAACCUAGUGGCUGUGAACGAGGCGUUGCAGGAAGCGUGGUGUGCUAUGGUAGACAAGGUCUACCCCGGGUUGGCGCCAGUACCAUUCACGGUGAACUGGCGAUAUCUCAAGGAAGCUCUCAAGAAAGGUGUCAUCGUAAACGCCUAUCUUCGCUAUACAUCUUGGUAUACCGAGCACAAGAGAAGCAGAGACGAGAAUGAUACCGAAAGCGGGGGCCCGGGAACUGAAGCAGCAGGUAGUAGUAACGUGGGCAGCAUCAGCGGUGAUGGUCGAUCUGUCCGCAAACGCCACGGUUAG